AUGCGAUCCAGCCUUUUACCAAUACUUGGACUGGCGCUUAAAUGCAAGGCAAUCGUGCGUGAAAGUCUCUACCAAGUCUCAAAAUGUCAAGCCGAAUCUGCAAAAUGUCAGAUCAACAUCAAAUCGAAGUUAUCCAUCACUGGCACCAUCAUCUUACCUCCUGCCGCAACCACAACCGAAAAAAAACGUAAAACCAUGACCACCUCAUCAUAA